AUGAAACUAAUCGUUGGCUUGGGUAAUCCCGGUAAAGAAUACGAAAAUACUCGGCAUAAUUUAGGUUUUGAGGUUAUCGACCAGUUGGCUCAGGAAUUAAAUGUCGAAUUAAACAAAAAAAAGUUCAACGGUUUUUAUUGUCAAACCAGUGCCUAUAUUCUUCUCAAACCCCAAACUUACAUGAAUAAUUCUGGUGAAUGUAUUGCGGCCUUUCUGAACUAUUUUCGUAUUCCUUUGGAUAACUUGCUGGUAAUUUAUGAUGAUAUUGCUUUGCCAUUAGGGAAAUUCCGUUAUCGCUGCCAAGGUUCUGCUGGCGGACAUAAUGGGAUGAAGAACAUUAUUAAAUUACUUGGAAGCGAGAACUUUAAAAGAUUGCGGGUUGGCAUUGGUUGUGAGCAAAAUUUUCUUAUUAAAAAUUGA